UGCUAACUUCGUUUGUUUAAACUAUAAUAAAAGCCAAUUUUUGAUGCACUAGAUUUUUCGAUUCUGCUUGAGGUUAGAAAAGUGGCUGAAAAUUAUUGCAUCUUCAUGUAACUGACUGAAGUGAAAAAAACAGGUGUCCAGAAUUUAUAAAAAUAAAUCAACAUGUAUAGAACAGAUAAACAGUUUAUGAAAAAUCCGGCAACGGCUCCAUCAAGAAUUUAUAUUGGUGCUUUGCCUAAAACUGUAAUUGCUGACGAUUUGGAGGCUAAAUUUAAAGUACAUGGAAACAUUCUAGGCUUAGUGUUGAACAAUGGAUUUGCUUUCAUCCAGUUUGAGUCCGAAGGAGAAGCUCAGUCCGCCAUAAGAGGCGAAAAUGCAUCAAUUCUGCAUGGCCGAAAAAUUGUAGUAAAGCAAGCUCUGGAUAGAUCCAAACCUGGAGGUCAAGGCCUCCAAAGGCAAGGGGGCCCUCCCAGUCAACCGCCAAUCCAAAUGCAGAAGCAGGGUCCACCUCCACCGGAUACAACUAAAGGUCCUCUUCCACCUGUUCAACCAGUAAAUAAACAAAAUAACCCUCCCCAAAAAACUCCACCACCACCUGUUCAACCAGUUCAAACGAAGCCAUCACCUGCUCCACCGAAUGAAGAGCCAGAUAGACCGUUGCCAUUCCAAGCUCCUGAUCGAGAGCCAGAACCACAGGACGAAAAUAUGGAAGAUGACAGACCUAAUAUUCGACCUCCGGGACCCCCCCAACACAAUAACGAUAGAGGUAGAAAAGGUGGUAGAAAACCGAUUCAGCACAGGGGUCCUGAAAGAGGGGGACCUAGAGGUAGAUCAAACGAACGUAACCGCUUCCAUGAGAGAUACGAACCCGGACCCCAAAAUAUGGAUAUGUAUAGGGAAGAUACUUAUUAUGGGAUGGAUGACAGGGAUUAUAUGCCACCCAGGGAAAUGUUACCGAGGUCAGAUUCUUAUGCUUCUGCUCCUAUAAUGGAGGCACCACCUCCGCCAGAGAAGAAUGAUUGCGAAAUUAUUGUUGUUGCUAAAGCUCUUACGGAGUAUGCAGAAUAUAUCGAACAGAAGCUGAAAAAUUUGGGUCUCGUAGUCGAUUUACUGUUCCCAAACGAAGACGUCCCUAUUGGAAAAGUCCUGGCUAACAUUUCCAGCAGAGGCUGCUUGUACGCCAUCCUAGUGAUGCCACAGAACGAGGAGAACAGGAGUCUAACUUUAGAUAUCCUCCACGGUACUCCUCAAGAACAUAGAAACAUGCCCGUGGAAGAUGCUUUGAUACUGAUAUCGCGCAAUUUUGAGUCUUACAUGAAGGGAGAACAGUUCGCUCCCGAAAACGCGGUCACCAUGUCCAUCAGCGACAGGCAUCCAAAUUCCAUUCAGAUGAUGCUCAAUUUAUUAGCAGAAAACCGACAGCUAUCAUCGAUCCAGUACGAUAAGAUUAUAAAAUACAUGGAAGAUAGACGAGAGCUACAGCGGGAGUUUGAAGUCGCCGAGGGAAUCCAACCUCAGGAUUCUCAAGACUCGGAUCCCAAGCAGGCGGAAUUGCAGAACCGGAUCCUAAACAUCCUGAAUAAAUCCAACGACUCGCCCAUACCGACGUCUAUUACAGCACCGGAUCCACCUCCACCGCAGCCUAACCAGGCGCCCAUUCUGAAGGACCCCACCGUACAGAAGGCUUUGGACAGCCUGCUGCUGGGCGAUAUGUUCAAAAAUAUGGCAGGCAAUGCUUGAAUAUUUUUCCGGUGAAUUUCUAACGGUAGUUCAAAUUUCAUAUUUGCCCGAGUGCAUUACAUUUUUUUGUAUUUUGUGUUAUCUUAUGGUCGUAAUUACUUGUAAGUUGGAAGAUGUAUCUUUUUACUUUAUAUGUUAAGAUU